AUGACACCCACCUGCACCAACAGCACCCGAGAGGACAACAGCAGCCAAGCGUGCAUGCCCCUCUCCAAGAUGCCAAUUAGUCUAGCUCACGGCAUCAUCCGAGCCACUGUGCUGUUUGCCUUCCUAGCUGUAUCCUUUGUGGGCAAUGUAGUGCUUGGGUAUGUACUGAACCAUAAGCCACAGUUAAUGCAGGUGAGCAACCGGUUCGUCUUCAACCUCCUGAUCACUGACCUGCUGCAGAUUACUAUCGUGGCUCCCUGGGUGAUAGCCACCUCCAUUCCUGCCUUCUGGCCACUCAACAGCGAGUUCUGCACAGCCCUGGUUAGCCUCACUCACUUAUUUGCCUUCGCUAGUGUCAAUACCAUUAUGGUGGUGUCAGUAGAUCGCUACCUGUGCAUCCUCCACCCUCUUUCCUACCCAUCAAUGAUGACCAACCGACGUGCUCAUAAGCUCCUCCAAGGCACCUGGUUUCUGGCUAUACUGCAAAGCACACCUCCUCUCUACAACUGGGGCCAGGCUACUUUUGAUGAGCGCAAUGCUCUCUGUUCCAUGAUCUGGGGAGGCAGCCCCGUCUAUACCAUAAUCAGUGUGGCGUCCUUCAUCAUUGUUCCACUGGCUGUUAUGAUUGGCUGCUACUCUGCAGUGUUUGGUGUAGCCCGUCGGCAGCAUGCUCUCCUGUACAACAACACCAAGAGCCGCAGCUUGGGGGUGAGAGCCAAGGACUCUGUGAAGACUGAGAAUAGACGGGGAAUAAAGAAGAGGGAUGAGUUCCAGGAUGAGAAUGAGUUCCAGAGCGAAGAUGGAGGUCAGGCCAAGACUAAGGUGGAAGAGGGUCCCAUGGAAGCCAGUGGCAUUGUCAAGAAGACCAAAGAAAGAAGCCUAUAUUUACGUGCAGGUAUUUCUGAGUCCAAGGGCAGUGAAGAGGUCAGUAAUGGCAGCACGGAGGGGCUGGGAACCAGCAGCGAAUUUCUAAUAGGCAGCAGGGGCCACACAGAGAGCAAUCAGUGCAAUAUUGACUUGGGCGAAGAUGACAUAGAAGCUGGCAUGGAUGAAACCCAUUUCAGUGAAGAUGAUGCCAAGGCAGUGAACAUCCAGGAGAGCCUUCAAGCCAGUCGUCGAAACAGCAACUCCAACCCACCUUUGCCCCCGUGCUAUCAGUGCAAAGCUGCCAGAGUGAUCUUCCUCAUCAUUUCCUCCUAUAUGAUAUCGCUGGGGCCCUAUUGCUUCAUUGCUGUGCUGGCUGUGUGGGUGGAUGUCCAAACCAAGGUACCCCAGUGGGCGAUCACCAUAAUCAUCUGGCUUUUUUUCCUGCAGUGUUGCAUCCACCCUUAUGUCUAUGGCUACAUGAACCAGAGCAUCAAGAAGGAAAUCAACGAGGUAGUGAGGAAGCUACUCCGUAAGAAUAGGCCCUUUACAGAAGUCAGCCGCCGUGACCUGCAUGAGACCGAAGCUGGCAUAGAGGGAGGGAUUGAAGACAAGAUUGUCCCCUCCUAUGAUUCUGCUUAA